AUGAAAUUAACCAUUUAUAAUAAUAUAGAAAGUAAAGAUAUAGAAAUAAAUUCUUUUAAAAUAGUAGUGGUGGGGGAGAUAUAUAGUGGGAAAUAUUCAUUUGUUAAUAGGAUAUGUAACAGGUGUUUUGAAGAAACUAGAGAAUUUCAAUACACUGAUUUCAAAAUUGGGUUUUUUAAAAAUGAGAGAAAUGAAUUUAUAAAAACUCAGUUAUGGAUCGAUUAUAGAGAUCAAAGGUUUAGAAAUCAAAGGUAUUAUUUAUUAAAAGAUAUGCAUAGUAUGGUAUUUGUUUAUGAUAUAACAACUAAAAGAACUUUUGACUGUAUUGUAAAUUAUUUAUACCCAGAGUAUCAAGACUACAUACUAAAACAACAGCCUGAACAUCCUCCACAAUUAAUGGUAAUAGGAAAUAAAUCAGAUUUAAGAGGUCAAAUAAAUUCCAAACAAAGUGUAGAUACUGAAGAGGCCAGAGAGUUUGCAAAUUCAAUUGGUGCUUUGUUCUUUGAGGUCUCUGCAAAAGAUAAUAUAAAUAUUGAUGAAUCCGCCAUAGAGUUAAUUAAAAAUUUAAAAAAAAAUUUCAAUAAUAACAUAAACCAACCAAAUAAUAACAAUGAUGAUCAAUCAUUUUUUUCAAAUUGUAUAAUAAACUAA